AAGAAACCUAACAACAUAGACUUGGAAACUGGCAAGCUUUUAAGGUUUAGAUCCAGAAGCUAAGAGAGACUCUUUUUUAAACGGGCACAAGAUUUCUUCACAGCCAUGUUUCCACUGGUUCUCCUCUCAGGCUUUAUCACCUGCACCUUGUGUGUUCCACGUCAGUAUAUCUUUAUAAAUGAACCAAGACAUGGACAGAAGCUCAGAGCUACUGUAGAGAUAAAUACACUGAUCUGGUCACCGUUGAAAAUGAACAAGAGACGGUGAAGUUACUCAACACAGUGAAUGACUAUAACUCCACUGAUCUGGCCUGGAUUGGACUCUAUAAUGAUAUGAACAGUUGGAAAUGGACUCUAGAGGACAGUGAAUUCUUCACUCAGGAACAGAAACAGUUCAGGAACUGGUAUAAAGAAGAGCCAGUGAAUUAUGGAGGACAGAGUCAGUGUGUAGUCAUGUAUGGAGAGACUUGGUUAGCAACAACGUGCGAUAAGAGAUUGACUUUUAUCUGCUAUGACGGAAGACAGAAUGCCAGCACUAGUUAUGUUUGGGUUGAGCAACGCAAAAACUGGACUGAAGCUCAGAGUUACUGCAGAAAAUACCACACAGACAUUGUCAGUGUCAGAAAUGAAGCUGAAAACCAGAAGAUCCAAUUUUCAAUCAAGAAUUACUAUUACAAAUACUAUUAUUAUUAUAAUAAUAAUUAUUUUUAUUAUUAUUAUAAUUAUUAUAAAUAUUAUUAUUAUAAUUAUUAUAAUUAUCAUGAGGUUUGGAUUGGUUUGUACAGAACUAGAAUUUGGUCAGAUCAGAGUAACUCUGCAAUCAGUAACUGGAGGUCAGAAGAACCAAAUAAUGCUGGAAACAGUGAACACUGCACUGCUGUGUCAAUCAGUGACUCAGGCAAAAGGAUGGACGAAAACUGUGAUUAUUAUUUGCCUUUUCUUUGCUACAAUGUGUCCUCUUUGGCAUCAUCCCGUCAGUAUCACUUUAUAUCAGUGAAUAAGAGCUGGUCUGAAGCUCAGACAUACUGCAGACAGAAUUACAUUGAUCUGGCCACCAUUGAUAACAUGACAGAGAUGAACAGUGUGAUGAACACAGUUAAUGGGAGUUAUAAUGGAUCAGUCUGGAUUGGACAGUAUGAUGAUGUCAACAGCUGGAGAUGGUCACUGGAUGAUGAUGAUUUCUAUCAGGAAGGAGAGAGAGAAUUCAGAAACUGGUAUCAUGAACCGGAUAACUAUGGUGGAAAUGAACUGUGUGUUUAUAUGAAUUAUGAUGGCAAAUGGUUUGAUUCACCAUGUAAUAGCAUCCUAUCAUUUGUUUGCUUUGAUGGAAACAAUAACACACAGAAUUACAUCAGAGUUAAUGACAGAAGAAACUGGACAGAAGCUCAGAGAUACUGCAGAGAAUAUUACACAGAACUCGCUAAUGUGAGAAACCAGACAGAGAAUCAGAAGAUCCUGGAGAUCACAGGUGGUAACGUCUGGAUCGGUCUCUACAGGAACAGGAUUUGGUCAAAUGGUCAAAAUACCAAAUAUCUAAACUGGAGACCGGAAAUUACAUAUUCAUACCCACAACCAGAUAAUGGAUAUAGUGUUAAUGGCCAGGAGUAUAACCAGCACUGCACUGCUGUAUCAUUCAGAUAUUCAGGCAGAUGGACAGAUGAGAACUGCUUAUCCAACAUGCCCUUCAUCUGCUACAGUAGAACCUGCACACAAUCUUCAUGCAGUCACCGUCAGUAUCACUUUAUAUCAGUGAAUAAGAGCUGGUCUGAAGCUCAGACAUACUGCAGACAGAAUUACAUUGAUCUGGCCACCAUUGAUAACAUGACAGAGAUGAACAAACUCACUAAAACAGUUCGAGGAAUUUACUUUGGUUCAGUCUGGAUUGGACUGUAUGAUGAUCUUAAGAUCUGGAGAUGGUCUCUGGGAAACACAGAGUUAGGAGGAGGUUUUAAUAGCUGGUAUGUUCAGCAACUAAGAAACUGGAAUGGACAGAGUCUCUGUGUGUCCGUCUCAUGUUACAGAGGAAUAUGGCAUGAACAGUAUUGCUCCAGAUCACUUCCCUUUGUUUGCUAUGAUGGAAGACAGAAUGCCAGCACUAGUUAUGUUUUGGUUUAUCAAUACAAAAGCUGGACUGAAGCUCAGAGAUACUGCAGAGAAUAUCACACAGACCUUGUCAGUGUCAGAAAUGAGACUGAAAAUGAGAAGAUCCAAUUUCUCUUUCAGACCGAUAACAUUAGUAAUUCUGAUGUUUGGAUUGGUCUGUACAGAACUAGAUCUUGGUCAGAUCAGAGUAACUCUACAUUCAGUAACUGGAGGUCAGGAGAACCGAAUAAUGCUGGAAACAGUGAACACUGCACUGCUGUGUUAUUCAGUGACUCAAAAUGGACGGAUGAAAACUGCAAUUAUCAGUUACCUUUCAUUUGCUACAGUCUGUCCUCUUUGGCAUCAUCCCGUCAGUAUCACUUUAUAUCAUUGAAUAAGAGCUGGUCUGAAGCUCAGACAUACUGCAGACAGAAUUACAUUGAUCUGGCCACCAUUGAUAACAUGACAGAGAUGAACAGUGUGAUGAACACAGUUAAUGGGAGUUAUAAUGGAUCAGCCUGGAUUGGACAGUAUGAUGAUGUCAACAGCUGGAGAUGGUCACUGGAUGAUGAUGAUUUCUAUCAGGAAGGAGAGAGAGAAUUCAGAAACUGGUAUCAUGAACCAGACAACUAUUAUGGAAAUGAACUGUGUGCUUAUAUGUUGAAUGAUGGAAGCUGGUUUGAUCUAUCAUGUGACUAUUCCUUACCAUUUGUUUGCUAUGAUGGAACAGGAAACACCUCCCAGAGGUAUGUUUGGGUAAAUCAGUCCCGGUCCUGGAGUGAAGCUCAGAGAUACUGCAGACAGUUUUACACAGAUCUGGCCAUCGUGAGAAAUGAGACAGAACAUCUACAGAUACUAAACGUUACAGUUUCUUAUUAUUAUUAUGGGUGGAUUGGUCUGUACAGAAACAGACUGUGGUCAGAUCAGAGCAACUCUUCUUUCACAUACUGGCUGGCUGGGACACCACAUGUUUCUCCACAACCAGAUAAUGGUUUAUAUGUCAAUGGACUUCUGGGAGCUCAACAUUGUACUGCUGUGUCUUUACAAUCUUUUGGCCAGUGGACAGAUGAGAGCUGCUUUGAGCGUUUGCCUUUCUUCUGUUAUGGAGGUGAGAUCAUCCUCCUUUCCAGAUCUUGAAAUCAGAGCGUAAACAUCACACGGUUCAAAGAGAAUCAGCAGGAUGAACAUAUAUUAAAAUAAAUCACAUUGUCUUUGUCUAGUAAAUUUAGUAACUUUUUAUGUGACCAUUUCUCUGUUUUUUUUCCGGUGCACUUCAUGAUCAUUCCUCCAACCGACACAAUCAGAUAAAUAUGUGUCGGGAUUACGUGUGAAAUUUAUGGGCAAGGAAACUCUGUCACAGUCAGAUAUUGAAGUCCUGAUUACGCAAUUCCAGGAAGAAUUUAUGAGACAUGGACCUCCCGAUAACUUCACCAUGGGUUUGAGAAACUAUCGUAAAAUCGCUCCAUGAGAGAUGACAGCAUUCCUCAACACACACACACAUUGAUGCAUUUUUGUAGACACUUUUUCUGAAGCAACUUCCAAAGCAUUCAGACAUUAGAUCAGGAUGUGUACUCCCAUCUUGCUAUACUGCACAUGUAUCAGUUUUACCAAGAUUGUAAUACAGUACUAUGUGCUCAUUUUUUGAUUUUUUUUUCUUUUGUUUCUUUUAUUGCUGAAAUUGUUUGAUAGAGUCUAUACAGUUGUCUACAGCCAUAAAGAUCACUAUCAUAAAUAACAGAAAUCUGGUGAAGGUCCUUAUAAUAUACCGUAUAAUGUUUUUUGAUGUAAAUGCUUUUAACAUGCUGUUUGUAAUGGAGGUAAGAAAAUACAUAUACUGUGUGUCCAUUAAUAUAUUGUCAGUCUUUGAGUUUGUGGAUCAUUAUUGGGGUAAGACAAAAUAAAUGUUAUUUGAUAAACAGUGCGGUAGAAAGUGACGUCAGCACAUUUUCAAAAUGGUCGCUUUCUCCCUGAAUUCCUUCUGACUCAUAGAAAAGUCUUCUUGUUACAAACCUUGUCGCUGCAGUGACACAACGUCCACCAUACAUAAAUUCAUGAACAGAUGUACAAGGAAAUACACAUUCACAUUUACCUCUAUGCAGUGACAGCAGAACAUGUUUGGCGUAAUAGAAGUGGACUCUUGUUGACAUGAUUUGGAACUGAGCAAGC